AUGGCAACCUGCACAGAGAAAUAUUCUCCAACCCCGACCGAAGUCUUCCAAGACCAUAUCGCGUCAAAUGAAAGUGACACCGCGACUCUCUCUUGGGAUGACGAUAAUGAUCCCGAAAACCCCUACAACUGGUCAGUGGGACGGAAAUGGACCCUGACAUGCCUCGCUGCUUUCACUACCUUCCUGGCGAUGAUGAACGGAACCAUCAUUACUGUGGCGCACUUCGAGAUCUCAGAACACUUCCAUGUCAACGAGGAUGCAUUUCCUAAUUCUUACUGGCCGGUAACAACAUGGGCUACCGGCGGUGCAUGCUCAGCUUUAUUCAUUCUUCCCCUAGCAGAGGAUUUCGGGACGAGGCCUAUCUUCCUCACAACAUAUCUAUUAUUUAUUUGCUUCCUGGUGCCUCAAGCCGUUGCUCAUAACUUCGCAACAUUAGUGGUCACCCGCUUUUUCGCCGGCGGCUGUGUCGCUAUCCUGGCCAAUACCGCCGCCGGUGUUGUCGGAAAUCUAUGGAGCACUGAGUGGUCCAGGUCCAUCCCAGUCAGUCUAUAUAUUCUCGGUUAUAUGAGCGGCAGCAGUACAGGCCCCGUGAUUGGCGCCGCGAUAUUCCACUCUUUAGGCUGGAGGUGGAUUAGCUAUAUGCAGCUCAUUUGGUUCGGGGCUCUCUUUCCAAUCUAUUACUUCUUCCUUCAUGAGUCGCGUGGCAGCGCGAUUCUUGCACGACGAGCACGACGUAAUCGCAAGAAUGGCGACGAGACCAGCGGUUAUGCAGGGAGCGGGGAUGUUUCCUCUCGUUUGAACCUGCAUAGUCUUGUAGUCAGCGCGACAAGACCGGUGAUUUUAUUUUCUACGGAGCCGGUUCUCUUCGUGUCGACCCUUUGGUCCGCUUUCACAGUGGGGACUCUUUUCCUCUUUACCCAGUCCGUUGAGCAGGUGUUCAUGGGCCUAUAUAACUGGGACGUUUCACAAACCGGUUAUGUUCAAUGCGCCAUCGUCAUCGGAGAAUGUCUAGGCUGGCUAGUGAACUUCCUUUCUCGGAAGCUCUAUUUCGCGUCUGCUUCCAGAAAUACCGAGGUGCCGGGAACUCCAAUCCCAGAGGCGAGGCUAUACAUGGCUGUGGUGGGAGGGGUUCUCGGUCUCUCGGGCGGUAUGUUCAUCUAUGCUUGGACUUCAUAUUCGAGUCUUCCAUGGAUUGCACCUACUGUUGGCUUGGCCUUGGUAGGUGCUGGCAGUGUUUGUGUCGUGACUGGAGUAUCAGACUAUGUGGUCGACUCUUACAGUCAGUUUUCAGGAAGUGCCAUGGGUGCUGUUGCUGCGGGAGAGAAUGUCUUCUCUGCUUUCUUGCCCCUCGCAACGAUGAGCAUGUACCGGGUGCUAGGAUAUCAGUGGGCUAGUACGCUACUUGCCUUUAUUUGCUUGGUGUUGUCGCUUAUACCUACAUUAAUGUUUGUCUGGGGGAAGGAGGUACGUGCACGGAGUGCUUUUAUGAAUGAGAUGGCGAAUGAUGCAACGAAGAAACGGUCAGAGGUUGUUUAA